AUGUCAAUAUGUACGCUCUUAAAAUCUUUAGAAAGCAGUUUGAGCAAGCCAAUAUUUCUCAGAGCAUUUGUACAAUUCGACAGUCAAUUUACAGAAAAAGUAAACGACAUCUUUGUAACAUUGAGAUGGAAUCAACCUGAAUUUACCGAAAUAAUACAAGGGUACACAGUGCAAUGUUUUUUCAUCGAGGAUUUAAAAGAGAUUCAAACCUGCGAUGAUAAAAAUAUCACAACUACAAAAUUGGAGCACACGGUGCACAAUCUAUCAUCUAACACGACAUAUUAUUUUCGAGUACGUGCGCAUACUAAAAUUGUUGCUGGUCCUUACACGGAUUUAAUCAAUGUGUCCACUACACAUCAAAAUCCAAUACCUAAAUUAUUAUUUACAUCGAGCAAAGGUAUCCGCAUAUUGGACGUGGAUUCAAACAUUACUUAUUGCGUAACGUCAGAAUUAGUACGAUAUGUCGCUUAUUCGAUACAAGAACAUAGAAUUUAUUGGCUAACAGAAAGAGACCUAAUGACAUUGAAGAUUAAUGAAACAAGUGAUAAUUCGUCUCAAUUUAUUCUCUACGUUUUGAAAAAGAAAUAUGCAGGUCUCAAAAGCAUAAAUGCAGAUGAUCAUGUCGAGAAGAUAAUAAUAAGCUCAGAUAAAAAUAUGAUUCAUAAAAUUUACGCUUUUGAUAAAUCUUUACAACCAUAUCCUUUAAUAAGGUGUCUGACACCUUACGAAAAAGUUUAUAAUUUUGAGAAUGUAAAUGCUACGGCAAACAGCAUCAUUAUAAAUCUUCCGGAGCCGGUUGUAAAGAGUGGAUGCAAAAAAUAUAAUUUACCAACUACUAUAUAUACUAUCUCCGUAAGCUGUUUAGACAACAAUCUCAACAAGUCUGAGAAAUUCAAUGUGCUGACGGCCGAGCGAUAUUACGAGAUUCAGAACUUGACACCAUUUACAGAAUACAACUUGAAGUUUACUAUAAGCAAUUUUUACUUUGACCAAUUAUCAAUAAAUCCACUCGAUUCGAAUGUGAUACGAAUAAAAACUAAUUCGGGCAAGCUUAAUGCACCAGAAAACAUAAGCGUCCUAGGUUUGACGCCUACUAUAGCAGUAGUUCAUUGGAUGCCACCCAAGAAAGUAAACUGCGUAGCCGUGACGUACGAAGUGCAUUGGAAGUCAGUUACAUUAAUGAACGAAACGCAACAAAGGGACAAACAAUUUAUCAAUAUGCCGAAAUGUAUGGUAGACGGCAGAUUUUUCACAAAGAUUAACUUGUCGCUAUCAGUACAAGAUUACUUGAUAUACGUGCGUGUGUAUCCAAUUAAUUUCAGCGAUUUCUACAACGAGAGUUUAAGCAAGAUCGUUGACAUAUACUCAGAACCAAACAAUAUUACUUUGAACGAGGUCAACAUAAAUAGCAUGAACAUUUCAUGGAUCUCAAAUAUUAAUCUGACGAUCUUUUUUACACUAGAGUACAAAGAUAUUGCAGCAAAAAAGUGGCAAAAAAUGAAUUAUAUUAAAAUGAAUUAUAUCAAUUAUAACAAUGAAGUAAUAUACCAUGUCGAAAAUUUAAAAUCGGGAACUUCAUACAAGUUUCGCUUAAUUUUGAGCUACAUCGAAUAUGAGGAAACUUUUAUAUGGCCGGCUGAUGAAAGAUUUAUUUUUUCAACACGUGGUAGCAAACAUGAUAUUCCGAGCACUCCUGGAAUAAUAGUGAAAAAAUAUUACUUAUUAUUGAUGUUAUGUUUUAUCGUUAUAAUUAUUAUAAUCUGCGUCUGCUACUUUUAUCGUCUACAUCGUCAACGCAGAGGUAAUAAUGAAAAAUUUUUGUCUUCAACAACGGCCGAUGUAGAAUUGGCGAUUCUACAUGAAGUACCUUGCCGAAACACUCAAUUCAAUAUCAUGUACAGUUCUAUGUUACAUUAUAACCCGGAUGAAUAUGCGAUAACUAAAAUCGCACGAAAUCAAAUUACACUUACAAAACAUCUUGGUAGUGGCGCAUUCGGAAUGGUGUAUCAAGGAAAGGUGAAGGAUUUAGAAAAAUCGGGCACAGAGAUAUCCGUUGCAAUAAAAACGCUUCGAAAAGAUGCUUCUUUCCAUGAGAAAGAGAAAUUGUUAAAAGAAGCCAAGCUUAUGAAUCAUUUUCGACACAAACAUAUAUUAAGGUUGUUGGCCGUUUGUUUAGAUGGGGAUUCUCCGUUACUAGUGUUGGAAUUGAUGGAAACUGGUGAUCUGUUAACACAUUUGAGAGAUUGUCGAAAUUUGGAAGCGUCAGAUUCGCAUGCUCUGCGUUUACAGGAUUUGCUCGCCAUGUGCGAAGAUGUUGCGCGAGGUUGUUGCUACUUGGAAGAGUUGCGUUUCGUACACAGAGAUCUAGCAUGUCGCAAUUGUUUAAUAUCUUCGAAAAAUCGCGAGGAUCGUGUCAUCAAAAUUGGAGAUUUUGGACUAGCUAGAGAUAUCUACAAGGAUGAUUAUUAUCGCGUGGAAGGAGAAUGUUUGCUUCCUGUUCGCUGGAUGGCACCUGAAUCUUUGAUGAUGAGAAUAUUUACUUCUCAAAGCGAUGUUUGGUCAUUUGGUGUUUUAAUGUGGGAAAUUACAUCGUUGGGUGAGACACCUUAUAGUGCCAAGACUAAUGAAGAAGUGAUGAAUUAUGUACGUGCUGGAGGCAGGUUGCCGACGACGCUUAACUGUCCGUCAACAUUGUACCAGUUGAUGCUACGUUGCUGGAGUGCAACGACCAGUGCUAGACCAAAUUUCGAAUUUUGUCGGAAAAAUAUUAUAGCAUUAAGAAAUAACAUAGAAGAUGCCUUAUUGAGUCCAGUCGAUACUAUUUAGCCGAUAUAAUUAAAUUAAUGUUUAUCUUAUUUUCCAAACGAUUCAAUAAAUCUUAAUGUAGA